AUGACACCGAUGCUGAUGUUCCUCAAUGUCUCCACAAGGGCUCCAUUAGCCAGUGCUUCGGUGUUUGUUGGAGCCUUCGUGGUCAAUCUCUUUGUUGGCAUUUCUACAGUAAUCGUCGGGGUAUUAUCAAGAGAUGACAAAACAAGAACUGAUUCAUAUAUCGAAGCGGAGCUGGCGAUCAAGCGCCGGGGAAGUCAAACGAGCUUCGCACUUCUCGGAGAAACCACCAUUCGUCGUGAAGAGUCCUUCCAAGUGCUCGGGGCGCUCAAUUGA